AUGAAAGCCUUCAACGAUUUGAAGCUGGGAAAAAAGUACAAGUUUGUCCUAUACGCAUUGAAUGACAACAAAACGGAGAUUGUGGUCAAGGAAACUUCAACCGCGCAAGACUAUGACGCUUUUUUGGAGAAGCUCUCUGAGGAUGAUUGCUUAUACGCCGUCUACGAUUUUGAGUAUGAAAUUGGUGGCAACGAAGGCAAAAGAUCGAAGAUUGUGUUUUUCACUUGGUCUCCCGACACUGCCCCAGUCAGAGCCAAGAUGGUUUACGCCUCUUCGAAAGAUGCUCUGAGAAGAGCAUUGAACGGUAUUUCCACUGACAUCCAAGGAACAGACUAUUCUGAGGUUGCAUAUGAGUCCGUUUUGGAAAAAGUUAGCAGAGGUGCUGGCUCUCACUAA